AUGCGAACCGGUUUAGCCUCCGGUGUAGCCUCCAUCCGAAACCUCUACAGAGCAGCUUAUAGAUCCAUCUCCAGAAAAUGGCAAAAAUUUAAGAAGAAAUCGGCUUCCGAUGAAGAACCCAAAGUUGAUCAAGUCCAUAAGGUUGUUCCUGUUGAGGAGGAGGGCAAGGAUGCUUCAACCCGAGACCAGAAAAGUAUGAAUGGACUUGAAUAUCAAAGCUUUGGAUACAACAGCCCAGCAAUGGGAGGAAAUGAUGCCGGUAGCCCUAAAUCUUCGACCAACUUCUUCAAGCACUCGAGCGUCGAUAAUUUGUUCAACAUGUCAUGUCAUAAUCUCUCAAGAUGUGGUACACGAUCUGCGAGUCACACCCCUUCACGUUCUCACAAAAAGAGGACGACUCGGAAAAGCUGCCCCGCCUCACCGGAAACCUCCACCUCAUCCGGGAGGAAAAGCUCUAACGACUCAGUUAGUACUACGCCGUUCUCAAGAAGUACUACACCCAUCUCCAAAAGCGGGCCUCUCUUGAAUUGCGAGAGCCGGAGGAGCACCACCAUCAUGUUUUCCAACUCCUCCGGCAUGUUGAAGCCCCCGGCCAUCGAGAAGCAGCUCGAGUGCACCUUGGAGGAGCUUUGCUUUGGAUGCAAUAAGAAGAUGAAGGUUACAAGGGUGGUUGUCAAAGACACCGGGCAAAUGGCUCAAGAGGAGGAAUUGGUAACGAUAAAUGUGAAGCCGGGAUGGAAGAAAGGAACGAAGAUUACAUUUGAAGGAUUGGGAAACGAGAGACCUGGUGCAUACCCAGCAGACAUAAUCUUUGUGAUCGCUGAGAAGAGGCACCCUUUGUUUGUAAAAGAAGGAGAUGACCUAGAGUUGACAGUAGAAAUCUCAUUGAUCCAGGCCCUUACUGGUUGCACAAUCUCAAUUCCUCUUCUGGGUGGAGAAAAUACGACAUUGACAAUCGAAGAUAUCAUAUACCCGGGCUACGAAAAGACCAUUCCACACCAAGGUAUGCCAAUCGCUAAGGGGGAAGGGAAGAGAGGAAAUCUGAAAGUCAUGUUCCUGGUUGAGUUCCCUACUUCUCUAACACAGGAGCAAAGAUCAGAUGUUGUUACUAUUUUAGAGGACUCUUGA